AUGGAGUUUUCUGGGGAGAGAAGCUUUGUUGCAGCAGCUGAUCCUAUUGAAAAGGCCGAGUCCUUUUCGCCAGCCAGAGAACAACAAACCAACCACGCCAGUCUGGAUGCUGAGAACAUCGGUAUGGGAAGCGAGCUAAAGAAAAUACCACAUGGGAUUUCGUUGAAACACAACAGUAGGAAGUCUUAUUCUCCUAUUCGUUCCAAUGCUGCGCCCUUUGUUAGGGCCCCACUGACAUGUUCCAGAACUGAUAUUGUUAAUUUACAGAACAUGUCUCCCUUGCGUGCUACGAAGCUCAACCUUUCACCUGACAGAACAGUGGCAGGGGAAAACAUGGGUGAUUUUAUUAAUCAGAAUCAGUUGAAGCGUUCUUCGGCUGGCUUUGAUACCAGCGAAUCAAAGAAAACGCACAUCGAAGAGCCAGAAACGCUAGAUGACGACUUCAUGGCCGAAGCUGCCAUGUCACCUAUCAAGUUUGACUCGAAACUGGACGUGACAGUUGAGUUCAGAGAAAAACUUGAAAUAGAGCUUUUGCAAACGCCAUCGAGACCGACAGAGGCAGUUGCUGUCAGCCCUUCGAGUGACCAGCAUACUAGAAUCCUUGAGGAAGAGUCGAUGGUCAAGGACGUCAAGACGAGUCCACUAGAUAAGGUCAGUCGUUGUUCGAACGAGGGAUUUGAGCAAUCAAGUGAUGAGUCUGAAGAACAGUCAGAAGAUGAAGAGUUUGGUGAUGUUUUGCAUUCUACUGCCAACCGCUCUGUCGAAGACGCUCUGCGCAUGGCCGAGAGCGAUGACGAGGAGACAGAUAUGAACGAGAACAAUGCCAAUGUUAAUGAAGCUGAUGAAAUCAAGCCUGUUCUCGGAUACACGCGCUUUGAAAGUCCAAAUGAGCUUUGGGAAAGUAUUAAUGCGACUGAAGAGAUCAAUUUGGAGGCCCUACCAGACCUGUCAAGGGACAUGGUUUCCAAAAGCUUCAUCGAGGAGAUCAGGUCCAACUUCAUGACAGAACUCAAUAACCUAGAGGAGUCCUCCAGAAAGAAUGCCCACGAACUACAGGAAGCCCAAGUUCACAUCAAAAGUCUGGACGACGACAUUGCAGCAUUGGAAUUACAGAAGCAAGAGCUUCGCGAGAAAAACUCUUCCUAUCUCAUUCAGAUCGGUGUAAUUGAGGCAAAGGUUUCUGCGCUUGAAACGAGCUACACAUCAGAACGCCACACGAAUGCAAAGCUCGAGAAACAACUUGAUACCUACAAGAGAAGAUAUCAGCAAGUUUUUGCGGCCUUCAAAGAUACCACUGAUGUACACAAUGGUGUUGUGGAUAAGCUGGACGCAACUCUCAAACAAAAAGAUGAUCUUUUAGAACAGGUUGCUAGCCUCGAAAAAGCUCUUGGCUCGGUUUCGGACAACCUAAGGUCCCUUCAAGAGCAACACGCUGAGUUGUCCAAAGCGGAACAAUCCCUCAGGGCAGAUCUCGAUAUCAGCAACGCACAACAGCUGCAGGCCCAAGCAGAGCAGCAACUUGCAGAGAAGAGUUUGCAAGAAACACGGGAACAGCUGAGUGCUAAAGUUGAGGAGUUAGUGCUUGUCGAAAAGGACCACGCACUCAUCGAAAAAACACUGCAUCACACAGAGGAGCAAUUGGAAGUAACCAACUCUGAAAUAGCCAAGCUCUACGAAGUCAACAGAGAACAGCUGACCACAAUUGAAUAUCAAGAAACUGAAGCAGCUCGUUUAACUUCUCUUCUUGAUGCCUCAAGUUCUUCAAAAGCAGCGUUGGAGCAGGAAAUCGAUUCUCUGAAGCAAACAGUGGAGAAGUUGCAGAAUGAGAAGGAUUCUUCAUCUAACUCAAUCAUCGAAACGCUGAGCGCCAAGAUUGAAAAAUACGAAGUUGAGCGUUUCUCAUUGGAGGAGACAUGCCUGGACCUUGGCAAGAAAUUAGAGGAGGUCGAAGAAGAGAAGAUCCAAUUACAGAAUUCUGUGGAGGAACUGAAAAACCAGCUCGAAGAAGCUAACUCUUCAAAGACCAACCUUGACUCGGCGUACUCAGCGUUGCUCUCUGAACAGGAGGCUAACCAAGAGGCAUCGACAUCCUUAUCGCUUGAAGUCAAGAACCUCAAGGGCGUUGUGAGUGAGCAAGCUAAAUCAAUCACCUCGUUGAAUGUUGAAAUCAACACCCUAAAGAAUCAGGCCUUAGACCACGAGACCGAGCUUGAAUCAAGUCUCGAGGCUUUGGCACAAGAUCUCUACGUUCAGUAUUCGGAGAAGCACGAGAAGAAGGUCGAAAUUCUCAGAAAAGGCUACGAGACGAAAUGGUCCGGAAAGCUUAAAAAGUCGGAGCAGGAGAAUGAGAAACUUCAAAAUGCCAUUGAGUCCCUCAAGAAACAACUGGCCACAGAGAAAGCAGAAAAGGAGACCCUCAUGAAGGUGUAUGAAGAAUGUAUGGACCAGAAGGACGCGUAA